CCACGAAGCACAUCCCUAUAAAGAGAGGAUUGCGACGAAAUGGCGCCACAAAACAGAACAUAAAAAGUGGCUUUUCAUUGCCCUUAAUGAGUGUAAGGGCAUUACGAUCACUGAUCUCGGAGCAAUAAUUCUAUGAGAAACCACUUGACCUCUUUCUACCUUUUCCGGUCAGAUAAUUUUUGUGGUGUCCCCAACUUGUUAACGACCCCUACCAUGUAAUCAACUUUUUUUACUCAUGUUUUGUACCCAGACGUCCGCUUCACAGAAAACGUUGUCAUACAAUAGGUUUAUGUGAUAAGUAUCUUCAGCUGACGCUGCCUGAUGAAGAAUCAUAUAAAGCACCAUCCACAAUCUGUAUUCUGCGAUAUUUUUAAUUAAGGAUGCUCGAGGAUUCGUGAUCUUUUCCCAGAUUAAAGGCUUCUGACGUUGGAUUUCGGGAGAAACGGUUUAGGUUUUCGUACAGUCACCAUGGGGGAUGGUAUAAGCCCAGAGGUAGCCAGGGAGAGGUACUUCAUUGCUGCCAUGAAGGGCGACGUCAAGGGGAUGAAGGACAGCCUCGAGAAGAGUCUACAGCAUAAUCUCGAUAUCAAUUGUACCGACGCUAGCGGGCGCACUGCUCUCCACGUGGCCAUCGAAAAUGGGAACCUGGGUGUGAUUUACCCUCUCCUGGAUCACGGUGUCCAGAUCAAAGAUGCUGUUUUGCGAGCCGUGGAGCAUGACUUCAGCGAGGCAGUGCGAAUAUUGUGCGACAGAGCACAUGCUCUUAAGGAUGCCACCGAGAGACAACGCAUCAUUGACUGCCACUGCGCCAAUGAUGAUUUCCACCCUGACAUCACCCCAAUCAUCCUGGCUGCACAGAGGAAAAAUUUCCCAAUGGUCAAGAUCCUCCUGGAGAACGGUGUGCGCAUCCCUCAGAGCCACGACUUCCAGACGGCAGCCAAGGACAGUUUCCAGCGCUCUGUGGGCACCAUGGAGAUCUACAAAGGGCUGGCCAGCGAGGCCUACGUAGCCAUGGCCAGCAAGGACCCGGUCCAUCGUGCCUUCACCCUGUGCGACGAGCUCCGCAAGCUGGAGGAGAUAGAGAUCGAGUUCAAGGUUGGCUACAAUGCGCUGCAGAAUGAUAUGGAAAACUUUGCCACUGAGUUCAUCUCUCAAGCCAGGAGCACAGAAGAGAUCAUGACAGUGCUGACGCACCAAGACGAAGACAACGUCCUGAUUGGGGAUUGCGCCUCUCACUCACCGCUCCCCAAGAUAUCGAGUGCCCUCGACCUUGGGCUGCAGAAGUUUAUUGCCCAUCCAAACUGCCAGCAGGUCAUAAUCACCCAGUUCUACCGGAGGCUACUCUUCUUACGCGACAAGAAAGUCGUCUAUCGGUUCUUGUUCUUCGCUUUGCUUUUACUGCUCUAUCCUGUGCUGGCUGUAAUCCACGUCUAUUCAUCUCAUAAGAAGCUGAAAACCUUUGUCCGAAUCCCCAUCGUCAUGUUCAUCAUGUACCUGGCAUCUGACCUGACCUUUGUGACCUUGCUGACCUGGGAGGCCGUCAGCGACGGAGGGGAGGCCCACAAUCCCAGCAUCAGUCGCCCGUACGCCAUCGCUGCCAUGGUCUGGAUCACAGGUCUGCUUUGGCGAGAGAUCGAAUGCGUCGCUGCUAGGGGGUUCAGAAAGGUCAUGACCCAAUGGGAACACAUCCGGGACACACUGAUCAUCCUCUUGUUCCUGGUGGGGGUGUCAUUAGAAAUGUUCUCUUACUUCAGUCUUGGCCCCGAGUUAGUGAAUGGUGUGCCAGCCACACCUGACUAUGCACGGUCCAGGCGGUCAGUUGAAGUACCCCCACCGGCUGUAGCCAGGAACUUCACUGAGGGGAAGCUGGCUGACAUCAGCAACUACGUCAUCGGCGAACUGGAGAGGUCGCACCCAGAUAUCAACGAGACGUCCAAGACACACGUUAAGCUGGUCGUCGCGCGUGUCCUGAACUACACGGCCCGGCGCAGGACCGGGGGGAAGGCCUCAUUCCAGGAGGACGUGGUCAACAAGGGACCCACCACCCCCAUCGACGGCGAGCACAGCAUCUUUGUCCGCCGGCCCUGGAACCACCCCCAGAUAAUGGCCCGGGCCUUGCUGGCUCUGGCAACAGCCUUCACCGUACUGCGUAUGCUGCCUUACGUCGUCAUCAGCGAUCUGAUUGGCCCGCUACAGAUCUCCCUCGUCGGCAUGACAAUAAGGACUUCCCAUUUCUUCAUCGUGGUGGGGACGGUGCUGGGAUCAUUUGCCGUUGGGCUGACGUUAACCUACUCGUACCAUAACGAGAAGGAGUACAACCAUUGUACCAGCACAGCCGAAAACCCAGAGAUCUGUAAGCGGGGAAGUUUUGCAGACAUUUUCCAGACGCUGGUCACGCUUUAUUGGUCCGUCUUUGGAUUGAUGCCCAUGACAGACCUGGAACUUCCAAAGAAUGCAGUCGUCAUGGAGACCGCUGGCUCGCUGCUGUACGCUUCUUUCUACGUGCUGUUAAUCAUCGUGUUACUGAACGCUCUCAUCGCCGUGUGGAGCAACGUUUACAAUGACAUUGAGGAGAACGCGGACCGACAGUGGAAAUUCUCCUACACGGCCAUGUGGAUGGCCUUCAUUCAGGACGACCUCCGCGUUCCCCCACCCUUCAACCUCCUCCCCACCAAGAGCUGCCUGCGACGCAUCAUCUCCCUCUUCUCCAAGCGGGGCCGCUGGGCCGAGAUUGCCACCGAGGAGAUGAACAUAAUGUACGACGACAAAUGGCUGCGCACGGAGGGAGUCCGACUCUUUAUUGACGGAAGCAAGAAGAUGAGCAAACAGCUCGGGGAGCAGGUUAACUACAGUCGGGUGAUUGCCCUUCUUCUCGACCGCUAUGUGACAGAGAAGACUGCUGGCGCCUGCAGUUCCACAGCUGAAGUUUCGAAGAUAGACCUUCGCAACCUCAAAAAUGACCUCAUCGCUCUGAGGUACGAUACGUUCCUGAGACUCUGUAACGUGCAUGAUGAGCUGGUGGCUGCCUCCAAUGAAUGUUUCCACAUUCAGGGCAAGUCUAACCAUGUGCCGGCCAUCUUUGAUAGAGCCGAGGACAUCAGCUCCAACCUCAUCUACAACCUGCACCACACCUUGGAUUUCCAGACCUCCCUUGCCGACACCGUGUCUAGGCUGCCGCCUCCGCCGCCCACGCCGCCGCCUACCCCACCGCCUCCCCAGCCACCUCCCCAGCCACCUCCCCAGCCACCUCCCCCUCCUGCCCCGUCGACGGCGCCGGCGCAGGUGCCCUCCCUGGACCUGGAGGACCCCGAGGAGCCGAGACAGAGGCCGCUGACGCCGCAGAUGGUCAGGAGGGGCGUGCGGAGAAUCGUGGUGAGGCUCGUCAAGCAGUUUGAGACUGGGCAGAUCGGCCCGAGCUCCAGGGGCAGUCCAGUCAGGCGGUCUUCUCUGGCCUCGGACAGUAGCUAUCGCGACACCUAUUACUAACUGAAACCUUUUCUCGUCUUCAACGGCUUUCUGACCACAUAGCAGUUUCUGACCAUGCACCUACGGCGUGAUUGAACAAAGGAGGCUGUCAUUUGUUCAUCUUUCUGUUUAAUACUCAAAUUUGUUAUGCCCAACGGCUCAGCGACCUCAGCAGUUGGCAUGGCCUUUAAAAUAUGAUAAUUCAAUGCAUAGAGCUAAAAUACAACUCCAUUGCAAUCAAUUGUCGUUAAUUCUUGCCAAUUUUAAAAGAAAUGCGAGUUAAUGCUGGAGAUGCAGUGUUUGUAAAGCUCAAGAAACAAACAUCUGCCACUUUGCUGCACCUCCAGAAAUGCAGAGACAAACUUAUUGGUAUUUCGAAACUGGUUUACAAAAAACCCCAAACACACGAGCCAUUGUACCUUUGGGUCACCACCACACACUGAACAGUUCAUUUCAGUUUUGAUUCCUCAAGAAAAUCCUGUCACGAGGUUUCCAUCAGUCAUGUAAAGUGAAAUGGUUGUGAAACUAUAAGUGUUAUGAUGUUAAAGUGUCUGUCUAAGCUACAUUGUAUUGUAAGUGGCCUAUUGCAUGAGUUAUUUGCCUCAUUUAAUUGUAAAUUCUCUCUUUAAUAUUCUGUGCUAUAAGAACAGCCGGAAGCACACUCAGUUUUUGGAAAGGAAAUUCGGCAUGGUUGUACCAUUCCUGGAUAUUCUUAAAUAAAUUGACCCAUUUUUAUUACUUCUACCUGGUUCUCGAAUAAAUAUUGUAAAGCAUGUGUUAAAAUAUUUGUAUAUAUUGUAUUUAAAAAAGUUUUGAGUAAAUAUUCCAUAUACAUGUGCAUAGUUUCUUUAAGCUCCGAGCUUAUUAUUUUCUUUCAAAUGAUACCGGGCCUUACUGCACAGAAAUGUUCUUACACAAUGAGCAGAUUUUUUAAAGUUUACCACGCACAAAGUUAACUACACUAGGUAAUGUGUAAGUGAUCUCAAGUCUGUACGUCACAUGGACAAUCUAUUGGGGUCUGCCGUUUCAGGAUCGAGCACUUUAUGGCUAUAACACUUCAGUCAUUUCAAUUGGGUCACUGCGGUGAGAAGCCCCAGCCACAACCAAGAAUGACCGUCUUGAGACAUACAGAGUUUUCGAAGCAAGUGGAUUCGGCUAGAGACUUUGGUUUUGCUGGUUCCAGCCAUUUUGAAGCAGCAUUUGAAUCAUGUUCAAGCUCUGACUGGAACCAGCGACAGUGAAGUCUAAACCGAUUCCACUUGUUUUGAAAAUGCUCUUAGUCUUACAUCAAAGGUGGCAGACACACCUACAUUGUAGAUAAGGGCUGUGCAGCUAGAAUGCUUAUUGGCUCUAGAAAAUUUGAUCAUAUAACUCCUGCUCUCAUAGAGCUGCAUUGGCUGCCUGUCAAAUUCAGAAUUAUUUACAAAGUGUGUCUCAUAAUUUUUAAAUGCAUCAGUGGUCUGGCCCAAGAAUACAUGCGAGAUGUGUUAGCUGUCUCCGAAUCUGUGGCCGCGUCGGCUGACUUGAGCCCCGUCUGAUAAGAUUGCAACGUAUCAACAUUUGACUGAGUACCUUUAGUGACUGAGCUUUCUCUGCAAUUGGUCCUUAAUAGCAAAAUGAGCUUGACCCUUCUCUCAGCUGUGGAUUCACUUGCUAGUUUUAAGUCUGGUCUUAAAAUGUAUCUUUAUUGUGGAGCCUUUUCAAACUAAUCAGUAUUCUUUGGAACUCACAGUAAUUUUAGUGUAUCUCAGUGUUUUUGCAGUUUAACUUAUUUAUCCAUGCAUGGCUUAUAAUAGUCUACAGUGCAAUCAAAUUUUAAGGUUUAAUUUCUAAUUUUAAUAUAAUAAUGUGUACAUUUUAUAUUGGUUUUCUUUCAUUAAUUCUCCAUUUUUCUUAAUUUCCUUGUGAUUGCUGUAAUUUUUAAGCUUUCUAGUUUUAAGCGCCGAGGAGCAUUUACUUUGUAAUGGAUUGGCGCUUUAUUAUUCUUGUUGAGGUUAUCUGCAUGUGAGGAGUUCCCAGAGUGUUUCAUGUGGACCUGUUCAUCUUUUUCGAGUUGAUGGUACUUCUUAUCACAUUUUCGUCAUAUGAAAACGGGAUAAAUGGCAAGUGGUGUAUCAGAUAAUCCGCAAUGGUGACUUAUUCAAUCCUGUCUGCCUCUAGAAACAGCUGUACAGGGGUACAGUAUGUGAACCCACUGCCGAAAUAAAUCUGAUCAGUAAAAAGAAAUGAAAACGAACACCA